CGCAGAGCGCGGACCCUAGCUGGCAUGUCCCCGCGCGCGGGAGCCCUUAUCAACCCGUGGACCCGGGCGGCUGCUAACUUGGCGGCGGGCUGCGGCGACCGCGCCUUGGCCAUGUAGUCGCCGGCGGGGCUCCCCGCAGCCCGGGAGCGACAGCGACGGCGAGUCGGAGCCGAAGAGCCCGCGGCUUUCCCUGGAGGCGCUGAGUGCACGCCGCACCCCAGCCGCCCCUCGGGUUGCACUUUGGGCCCGAGAGGGAAAUGGGGGAGAAAGUUUCGGAGGCGCCGGAGCCGGUGCCCCGCGGCUGCAGCAGCCACGGUGCGCGGACUCCUGCCCCUGCGGCGACCGCCGCGUCCUCGCAGGGCGCUUCCUCGGCCGAGUCCUCCUCGGGCUCAGAAACUCUAUCGGAGGAAGGGGAGCCCGGCGGCUUCUGCCGGCAGCAGCCGCCGCCGCCGGGCGGCGCCCUGGGCACCCGGCCGCCCGCCGCGUGGGCUCCCACACGCGUGGUGCUGGAGCUUGGAGUCUCUGCGCCGCCGCCCCCCGGAGGAGCCGCGCCACCAGAGCCCCGGGGCAGCGGCGCGUCCCAGGAGGAGCAGGACGAGGAGCUUGACCACAUACUGUCCCCUCCACCCAUGCCAUGUCGGAAAUGCAGCAACCCAGACCUGGCCUCUGGCCCCGGAAAGUCACUGAAGUUUAAACGACAGCUGAGUGAGGAUGGACGACAGCUGCGGCGGGGGAGCCUGGGCGGCGCUCUGACAGGGAGGUACCUCCUUCCAAACCCUGUGGCGGGCCAGGCCUGGUCAGCUUCUACGGAGACCUCCAACCUCGUGCGCAUGCGCGGCCAGGCCUUGGGCCAGUCCGCGCCCCUGCUCACCGCCAGCCUGGAAGGGCAGCCUCCGAAGAGCCAUUUCAACUCAGCCCGGCAUCGCCAGAGACUAGUGGACCCCGCUGCUUCAAAAAAGGAGCUGAGUCUCCCCAGAAGAGGAAGUCUGAUAGAUUCCCAGAAGUGGAAUUGCUUGGUCAAACGCUGCCGAACGAGCAAUCGGAAAAGCUUGAUAGGCAAUGGACAGUCCUCAGCACUGCCUCGUCCACACUCCCCUCUCUCCGCCCAUGCAGGCAACAGCCCUCAAGAUAGCCCAAGAAAUUUCUCCCCCAGUGCCUCAGCCCAUUUUUCAUUUGCACGGAGGACUGAUGGACGCCGCUGGUCCUUGGCUUCCCUCCCGUCCUCUGGCUACGGGACAAACACGCCCAGCUCCACCGUGUCUUCAUCCUGUUCCUCCCAGGAGAAGUUGCAUCAGUUACCAUACCAACCAACGCCAGAUGAAUUACACUUCUUAUCGAAACAUUUUUGUACUACUGAGAGCAUCGCCGCGGAGAACAGAUGCAGGAACUCGCCCAUGCGCCCCCGGUCCCGAAGUCUGAGCCCCGGCCGUUCUCCCACCUGCUGUGACCAUGAAAUAAUUAUGAUGAACCAUGUCUACAAAGAAAGGUUCCCCAAGGCUACAGCUCAGAUGGAAGAACGUCUGAAGGAAAUUAUCACCAGCUACUCUCCUGACCACGUUCUUCCCCUCGCAGACGGAGUGCUGAGUUUCACCCAUCAUCAGAUUAUUGAGCUGGCUCGAGAUUGCUUGGAUAAAUCCCACCAGGGUCUCAUCACCUCACGAUACUUCCUUGAAUUACAGCACAAAUUAGAUAAGUUGCUACAGGAGGCUCAUGAUCGUUCAGAAAGUGGCGAAUUGGCUUUCAUUAAGCAACUAGUCCGCAAGAUCCUCAUUGUCAUUGCCCGCCCUGCUCGGCUACUAGAGUGCCUGGAAUUUGAUCCUGAAGAAUUUUACUACCUACUGGAAGCAGCAGAGGGCCAUGCAAAAGAAGGACAGGGUAUUAAAACUGACAUUCCCAGGUACAUCAUUAGCCAGCUGGGGCUCAAUAAGGAUCCUCUGGAAGAAAUGGCUCAGUUGGGAAACUAUAACAGCGGGACAGCAGAAACACCAGAAACAGAUGAAUCAGUGAGUAGCUCUAAUGCUUCCCUGAAACUUCGAAGGAAACCUCGGGAAAGUGAUUUUGAAACAAUUAAAUUGAUUAGCAAUGGAGCCUAUGGGGCAGUCUACUUUGUUCGGCACAAGGAAUCCCGGCAGAGGUUUGCCAUGAAGAAGAUUAAUAAGCAGAACCUCAUCCUCCGAAACCAGAUCCAGCAGGCCUUUGUGGAACGGGAUAUCCUGACUUUUGCAGAGAACCCCUUUGUGGUUAGCAUGUACUGCUCCUUUGAAACAAGGCGCCACCUGUGCAUGGUCAUGGAAUAUGUGGAAGGGGGUGACUGUGCGACCUUAAUGAAGAACAUGGGUCCUCUCCCUGUUGAUAUGGCCAGGAUGUACUUCGCUGAGACAGUCCUGGCCUUGGAAUAUCUGCAUAAUUACGGAAUUGUGCACAGGGAUUUGAAACCAGACAAUUUGUUGGUCACCUCCAUGGGGCACAUAAAGCUGACAGAUUUUGGAUUAUCCAAGGUGGGACUAAUGAGCAUGACUACCAAUCUUUACGAGGGUCAUAUUGAGAAGGAUGCUCGAGAAUUCCUAGACAAACAGGUGUGUGGCACGCCUGAAUACAUCGCACCAGAAGUGAUUCUGAGGCAGGGCUACGGGAAGCCCGUGGACUGGUGGGCCAUGGGGAUUAUCCUCUAUGAAUUUCUGGUUGGAUGCGUGCCAUUCUUUGGGGACACUCCAGAAGAGCUAUUUGGACAAGUCAUCAGUGAUGAGAUCAACUGGCCUGAAAAGGAUGAGGCACCACCACCCGAUGCUCAGGACCUGAUCACCUUGCUUCUCCGGCAGAAUCCUCUGGAGAGACUGGGGACAGGUGGUGCAUACGAAGUCAAACAGCACCGAUUCUUCCGUUCUUUGGACUGGAACAGUUUGCUGAGACAGAAGGCAGAAUUUAUUCCCCAACUGGAAUCCGAAGAUGACACAAGUUAUUUUGAUACUCGGUCAGAGAAAUAUCAUCAUAUGGAGACUGAGGAAGAAGAUGACACCAAUGAUGAAGACUUUAACGUGGAAAUAAGGCAGUUUUCCUCAUGUUCACAUAGGUUCUCAAAGGUGUUCAGCAGCAGAGAUCCUAUAACUCAGAACCCAGGAGAGGAGAAGGAAGACCCCGCAGACAAAACCAAAAGCACAACUCUGCCAUCCACGGAGACAUUGAGCUGGAGUUCGGAAUAUUCCGAAAUGCAACAGUUAUCCACAUCCAACUCUUCCGAUACUGAAAGCAACAGACAUAAACUCGGUUCUGGCCUGCUUCCCAAGCUGGCUGUUUCAGCAGAGGCAGAAGCCACUCCCUGCCCAGGAGACCUCCGGGAGGAACCAGAAAAGCCGGCCCUGCCUCCUGCUGAGUGUGCUCAGGAGGAGCCCGAGGUCACCACCCCAGCCAGCACCAUCAGCAGCUCCACCCUGUCAGUUGGCAGUUUUUCAGAGCACUUGGAUCAGAUAAAUGGACGGAGCGAGUGUGUGGACAGUACAGAUAACUCCUCAAAGCCAUCCAGUGAACCCGCUUCUCACAUGGCUCGGCAGCGCUUAGAAAGCACAGAAAAAAAGAAAAUCUCGGGGAAAGUCACAAAGUCCCUUUCUGCCAGUGCCCUGUCCCUCAUGAUCCCAGGAGAUAUGCUCACUGUGUCUCCCCUGGGAAGUCCAAUGUCGCCUCACUCCCUGUCCUCGGACCCUUCUUCUUCACGGGACUCCUCCCCCAGCCGAGACUCCUCAGCGGCCUCUGCCAGUCCCCAUCAGCCCGUGGUCAUCCACAGUUCGGGGAAGAACUACGGUUUCACCAUCCGAGCCAUCCGGGUGUACGUGGGCGACAGUGACAUCUACACAGUGCACCACAUCGUUUGGAACGUGGAAGAAGGAAGUCCAGCAUGCCAGGCAGGACUGAAGGCGGGGGAUCUGAUCACACACAUCAAUGGAGAACCAGUGCAUGGCCUCGUCCACACGGAAGUCAUAGAGCUCUUGCUAAAGAGUGGGAAUAAGGUGUCAAUCACUACUACCCCAUUUGAAAACACAUCGAUCAAAACGGGACCGGCCAGGAGAAACAGCUAUAAGAGCCGGAUGGUGAGGCGGAGCAAGAAAUCUAAGAAGAAAGAAAGUCUAGAAAGGAGGAGAUCCCUUUUCAAAAAACUGGCUAAGCAGCCUUCUCCGUUACUCCACACCAGCCGAAGUUUCUCCUGCUUGAACCGAUCGCUGUCAUCUGGGGAGAGCCUCCCGGGGUCCCCCACUCACAGCUUGUCGCCCCGAUCUCCCACACCCAGCUAUCGUUCUACCCCCGACUUCCCGUCUGGUACUAACUCCUCCCAGAGCAGCUCCCCAAGUUCUAGUGCCCCCAACUCCCCAGCGGGGUCAGGACACAUCCGGCCCAGCACUCUCCACGGCCUGGCCCCCAAACUCAGUGGACAGCGAUACCGGUCCGGAAGGCGGAAGUCAGCCGGCAGCAUCCCACUCUCCCCACUGGCCCGCACACCCUCUCCAACUCCACAGCCCACCUCCCCACAGCGUUCCCCGUCACCUCUGUUGGGACAUUCACUCGGCAAUUCCAAGAUCGCUCAAGCCUUCCCCAGCAAAAUGCACUCCCCUCCCACCAUCGUCAGACACAUCGUGAGGCCCAAGAGCGCCGAGCCCCCUCGGUCCCCGCUGCUCAAACGUGUGCAGUCGGAGGAGAAGCUGUCUCCCUCCUACGGCAGUGACAAGAAGCACCUGUGUUCCCGCAAGCACAGCCUGGAGGUGACCCAGGAGGAGGUACAGCGGGAGCAGUCCCAGCGGGAAGUGACCUUGCAGAGCCUGGAGGAGAACGCGUGUGACGCGCCUGCCCUCAGCCGGGCCAGGCCCGUGGAACAAGGCUGCCUGAAACGCCCUGUCUCCCGGAAGGUGGGGAGGCAGGAGUCUGUGGACGAGCUGGACCGCGACAAGCUGAAGACCAAAGUGGUGGUGAAGAAACCAGAGGGCCUCCCAGAGAAGCAAGAACCCCACCAGAAGUCCCACGGACUUGGGAGUGAUUUGGAAAACCACUCUACUUUGAGACUGGAAGAGAGAGAGAAGAAAAAAUAUCCAAAGUCUUUAGAAAGGUCAGCUCAUUUUGAAAACAAAGCAGCCAUGCCAGAGACGCAGUCCCUGGGCAGCCUGCUGAAGGAUGCUCUGCACAAGCAGGCCAGCGUGCGGGCCAGCGAGGCUGUGACCUUGGAUGGGGCAGCAGCAGGCUGUGGCCAGGCACCCGGGGACCACAACCAGGGCACCUGUGACUUCAAACGAGCCUCUGCUCCCAGCCCCCUUCAGGACGGUCUCUGUCACCCCACUGACAGGUCCGCCCCCGGAAAGGGUGACCACAUGGAGAAGGUUCCCCAGACCAAGGACUGUCUCCGCUGUGACAAGUUGGACAGCAAGCUGGCCAACAUCGAUUACCUCCGAAAGAAAAUGUCCCUUGAGGACAAAGAUGAAAACCUCUGUCCUGUGCUCAAGCCCAAGAAGACAUCUAGCGCCCAUGAAUGCCUGCCAGGGAACCCAGCCUGGCCCGUGGGCGGGCAGCAGGAGGCCCCGGCGGCCUCCGAGAGCCGAGCGUUCAUGAGCAGCGCCCACACAACUCAGAUGAGCGGUGUGACUUUCGUCCCUCUCAAGGCCUUAGCUGCCCGGGUGGACGGGGGCACAGAGAAGCCAGGCUUGAUUGCUCCUGAGUCACCUGUUCGGAAAAGCCCUUCUGAGUACAAGCUGGAAGGCAGGUCUGUGUCGUGCCUGAAGCCAAUUGAGGGCACUUUGGACAUUGCUCUCUUGUCUGGACCUCAGGCCUCCAAGACCGAGCCACCCUCCCCAGUGCCUGCACAGAGCCCCAGCCCGGGCAGUGAUGUGAGGCCCUCUGCGCCACCAGCUCUUCCCAGCAGUGGGGGGAAGAAGGGCGAUGCUGCUGUUCAGAGGGAGCCUUCCCCUGCUGGCUUCAAGGUGAGCAAAUCCUACCUGCUCGAGCCUCGGUUCCCGCCACCCAGCCGGGGUCUCCAGAGUUCACCAGCAGCUCACCUGCCUGACCCAGAGCUAAAGCAGGACAGAAAAGUUUCCCAUGCCACCAGGAGCUCGGUGACAGUCAUGGAAAACAAUCCCCAGAGGAGAGAGGGCAGCCCCAGCAAACACCAAGACCCCAGCCCCGACACGAAACACCUGCCCUUGCCAGGGCAGAACCUGCAGAGCCCAGACCCACCCAGGGCAUGUGGCCCGCUCCCCACUGGAGGUGUCCCCUUGAGGGACAAGCUGAGGGGAAGGGAGUCGUCUGAAAGGGGCCCUUCCACAGCCAGAAUUGAGCCGCCUGCUGCAAGGGCUGAUGUCCACAGAGACCCCUCCAUGGAGCUGUAUCCCCCAGAAGCUACCAAAACCAGUGACAGCUCCAAAACUCCCCCCUCUGUGGGGAGGACUCGCCCAGACCUCCACACACAGACCCAGGCCGUGGAGAGAGCAUGGGGGCCUUCUGGGAAAGCAGACCACAGAGAUGGCCGAGAUGAGGUGAGGCCCCUGGCCAGAGAGGACUCCCUUUUGCACUCCGUGGGGACCCCUUGUGAGAGGCAGCCAGGCAUGGGAAGGAGCACCGUGGAACCCAAGCCGGAAGCCUCUCCUGCCACUCGGUCUCUGCUGCCACCUGAGAGUGGGAAGAGUGAAAAGCUCUGCAGUUUCUCUUUGCAGAAAGAUGGUCCCAAGGAACCAGAAAGGAAAGAACAGCUGCAUCAGCAUCUCAGCAGUGGUUCUCAGCCCCCAGCAAUCACCAAAGAACUGCCUGGCCCUGCCACUCGGCAGCUCUGCAGCUCACCCAGCCACCCUUCAGGCAGAGAGCCAGGGAGCAAGCCUUGUGUCCUAGAGCCCAGCCUGGGCCUCCAGGACCCGCCCAAGCCCGCUGCUGUGCACAGUGAAAGCAGCAGCUACAAGCCUAGGCCUGGCCCUGAGCCCAGCCCUCCGAAGUCCAAGCCCCCAGACAAGCCCCUCUCCUCCCAGCAGCCCAGCAUUGGAGCUGCGCUUGUCAGAGAGCCUGGCACACAGCCCUCCGGUGGCCCCAGCCGAGAAGGGAAGGCCAGCGGUAAGGGCGCGUUGGAUGUCUUCCCUGCCCCCCUAGGCUCCCAGGACACAGCCAGCAAUGUGACCGGCGCAGGUGGAAGUGGGCCCCAAGUCUCAGUGCCCCUCAAAGGGGGUCCUCUGGACACCAAGCCAAAGCCCAGCGAUGGCGGGCGUGCCCCGGGGAUGCUGGAGAAGCCCGUGCACCUGCCAAGGCAAGGACACCCAGGGGCUAGUGAGCCUGUGGAGCAGAAACUCCCCACUGUCAGUGAAAAGCUAAACCUGUCUCCAAAGCACCCCAAACCAUCCACUGUGAAAGAUGGCCCCCCGCCGUGCAGACAGACAGACAAGAGCCCCAGUCCACUGGCCGCCAGCGCAGACAGAAAGUCUGAAGGGAAGAGAUGCACCGAAGCACUUUACGCCCCAGCGGAGAGCGGGAAGGCGGAGGCCAGCCAGGCCCCGGCCCAGGGCGAGGCCCGGCCGAAGGGCGCGGAGAGGCCGGCGGCAGCCGCGGGGAAGGGCUUGCCGGAGGCCAAGAGCAGAGCGCCAGGUCCCCAGAAGCCACCGGCGGAGGCUGGCAGGCCCGGCGGCAUGAAACGGUCACCCUCGGCCGUGGGUCAGAGCUCUUUUCGGUCCUCCGCGGCCGUCCCCGAGAAGUCUCUGAGCUCCUCCUGCAGCUUUCCCGAAGCCAGACCCGGGCUUCGGGAGGCCUCGGCCGCCAGCGCCGACCCCUUCUCCGCCAAGGCCAACGGGGCCGCGCCUGAGCCCGCGGCCCCCGGCCACAGAGACCCCCGGAAGCCGCCGCCCGCGGCCGGUGGCGGGGCCCACAUGACCAAGAGCGACUCGCUGCCGUCCUUCAGGAGCCCCGCCGCGGCUCUGGAGCCGCACCACCCCGGCCCGAGCGCCCGGGACAGGGCGCUCUCGGUCUCCGUCUCCGUGUCCGUAUCUGUGUCCGCGGGCGCGGGAGACGCCAGAGGGAGAGAGCCCGCCCCGGCCCAGCCGGCCCCGGCCAGGAAGCCGAGUGCGGGCCGGGAGGCGGCCAAGCUGUGCGCGGCGCCCAGCAGCGAGCGCCCCAUCGCCCUCUCUUCCGAGAAGGACUUCGUGGUCCGGCAGAGGCGGGGGAAAGAGAGUUUGCGGAGCAGCCCUCACAAAAAGGCCUCCUAAUGGGCAGGCCCCGGGCGGCCCUGGGGACACGCAGCCUGAAUGUGUGACCGGGCCUGGACGACCUUCCGAAACCAGCACUGUGGGGACGCCGCGGGCGGAGCCUGGAGCCUCACCGAAGAAGGGGAGACAGAAAGAAGACGUGGAAAGAAAGAGGGGACCUUCUUCCAAAUGCCUUCCCGAUGGUAACCGGUAAAAAUGUCACCAGAUAGUGUUUGUGCAAGGAAAAGGAAAUACCUUUACAGUUGAGGGUUGUUGAGGAGAAAGAUUUUCUCUGUAAAUAUCUGGCAAUGUGUUUGGUUUGGGAUGUAGAAUGGAUACCUUGCUGCUGAUUGCGUCAUUUACUACAGCUUUUUUUUUUUUUUAAAUAAGGUUUUUGCUUUACCACUUAUCUUAAUGUAGUAAUGAAGCAAAAUGGUUAAAACCGAUGUAUGUGAAAGUCUAGAUACACCCAUACUCGUGUGUUUACACGUUCACCUGUAUGUUUUGGUCUGUGGUUAAGAGACUAUUUCAAAGCUACAUUUUUCUGAGUUAAAACAUCCUAAGUAGAGAUAAAGAUGCAAGAAAGCCCUAAAUACAGUAGAUUGUGAGUUUUUAUGUGUAUUUUUAACCAGAGAUUUUGAUAGUACUCUAUCUGGCUACCUAUGUUUCCAGAUCUAAAGCAAGACCUACUCUAACUGCUGCAUUUAGAAUCCUCCUCCAUUAGGAAUGGCCGGAACAAAUGGAGCCAGCCGUGUUCAUUUCACAUCGUCCUAGUGGACGCUUCGAUCCGAGGUCCACCUGUCCGAAAGGCCAGCCGUCCUUGUCUGUGGGUGUGUGUGUCGGGUCUUCACCCCAGGUAGAGCGGGGCCUGUGAACACACGUCGCCUUUAUUUCUGUUCUGCUUUCUCUUCUCUCCAUGCUCUUAAACUCAGGCUUUAUGCUGUGAGUCACCAGUCUGAAAAGCACAUGUUCUGUAGUCCUGCACCAGCCCUGCUGUUGGACGAGCAGGAAUAUUACUGGCUGCACACAAAUCCGCUAGUACUUAGGUUGAGUAAUAAGCAUCAGGCAUUGGAAGAGGUUUUAAAUUUGCUUUUUUGAGGAAAAGAAGGGGGGUGGAUUUUGGCAUCAUAGCAUAUAUAUUAAGGAAUAAUCAGGACAUCAGAUACCUUUUAAUACAUAGCUGGGGCCUUAUGUUGUAGAUGAAGCUUGCUGUUUUUAGCAAGUUCCUGGGUUUCACAUUCAUUUCUGAUGCAUCGAGUAGCUCCAUACAUUUCAUAACAUGAUCUCUUUAUUUGUAUGCAAACAAUUACUGUAUUAAUAAAGAGCAGCAUUUUUGUAACAAAAAAAGACCAGUUGGAGCUAUUUGGUGCUUGAAUGUGACUGUCCUUUUUACUUUUGCUAAGCCUUAUUUAGAUUUUGUAUACCACGGAAUAUGUAGAAUUCGUCCAUUUUAGUGCUGAAGGGGCUUUUUGUUGUUUUCCAUCGCAGUUCUCCUGGUGGCUUGUUUUGUGUUGUAAGACGGCACUUGCUGACAGAAGUACUGAGGCACUAAGUACUAAGAGAAAACACACAGAUAAGUAUUUAUAAGAUGCUUGGGAUCCAUAGCAGGAAUUUUUAUUUUGUUUUGUAAGAG